AUGAUGAGUAUCGGAAAACGUAAAUAUUUUUCUGUAAAUGAUUCAUUAUCUUCACCAACAAAAAAACGUUUUUUUUUACAAUUUAUAUCGACGACACCAUUUCGUAUUGGUUGUAUGAUAAAGAGGAAAGGAAAAUUUUCCUUUCCUCUUUAUCAUACAACCAAUACGAAAUGGUGUCGUCGAUCUGAAGAAGUACCUCUUAGCCAAAUACCAAUUGAAAUACGGGAUUUAAUUUUAUUAAAAUUAUCGCCACAUGAACUUGAUCAAUUAGCUAGUACGAAUAAUAAAUAUUUUUUUAUUGUAUUAAAUUUUCUACAAUUAUCAAUGGGUACACGAUAUUUUAAAUUAAUAUUGGAAACAACAUCUGAUCGUCGUCGAUCAGGAGCUUGGGAAAAUCUUAGUCGAUUGUAUGGUUUAAUGACAAGUUUAGUACCACUUUCACGCUGA